AUGUAUCGUGAAGCAAGAAGGAGAAAAGUCAAAGAAAAGAUUAUAGCGGACCAGGCUGUAGUGACAGAGAGUGGAGAGAUUGCAAAUGGAUUCAACAUUAAAAUCAUUAGAAGUAUCAUUUCAAUAAUUAUAGAAUUUGGGCAGAAAGUGCUCAUUGCUGAGACCUGUAAAUUGGCACUGGCAAGAAUCAACUGGUUAAAUAGCGAAGAAAAACAUAUUCAAGUCGAGAAUUCAUACAAAAGUGUUGAUCCUGCUCCAGCAUCAGUUGACGACAAUGUUGAGUCAUUGAAAGCCACAUUGCUGAAUGAGUCUUUACCAUUGUUUGAUCGAUAUAGAGCAAUGUUUGCAUUAAGGAAUAAGGCAGGCCAAAAAUCAGUCUUUGCACUUGCUGAGGGUAUGAAAGCCAGCAGCAAACUUCUACGACACGAAUUGGCGUUUACACUUGGGCAAAUGAGAAACAAGGCUGGCGACGCACUUGGGAGAAAUGCUGAUAACAUUAUAGUUACAGUGUUGACUGAAGCGUUGAAGAAUUCUAACGAGAGUCUAAUCGUUCGUCACGAAUGUGCGACUGCUCUGGGAGCAAUGGAUGAAAAUGAUUGCAUGCAGGUCUUGAAAGAAUAUUUGCAUGACGAAGAAGCUGUUGUCAGUGAAAGCUGUCAGCUUUCAUUGGAAAU